GUGAGCUACACUAUUCUUGAAAUUCUUACAAUUUAUGAUGCAGCUCAAAAGCGUACUUGUUCUCGUCAUUGCUAUUUUGCACAUUUCUAUGAGUGAAGAUUGUAAAGGUUGCCUACCUUUGGAUUCCUAUUCGUUUCAUAAGGUAAUCUCCAAAUUCAAGGCGGUACUUGUAAAAUUUGAUGUUGCAUUUCCGUAUGGUGGUAAGCAUGAACAAUAUGCCACUGUAGCAGCUGAUACUAAGGAUUCGCAAGAUCUCCUGGUAGGUACAGUAGGUGUGAAGGAUUUCGGCAAUAAAGAGAAUUCGGAUCUAGCGCAACGAUAUAACAUCAAGAAAGAAGAUUUCCCAGUAGUUCUGCUAUUUGUACAAGGCAAAUCGGAACCAAUCAGAUUUACCACUGAGAAGAAUUCUGAAUUCACUGGCGAAUAUUUGAAACGAUUUAUUAGAUUCAAUUCAAAAGUAUAUUUAGGUUUACCAGGAUGUGUAGAACGACUGGAUAAACUAGCUGAAGAAUUCAAAGUCGCAGGCGAACAGGAAAGACAGGAGAUAUUGAAAAAGACAAAAAUUUUCGAAGAAACUUUGCCCGAAGAACAACGGGAAGCUGCAAAAGUCUACGUGAAGACCAUGGAGAAAAUCUUGGAACGAGGAGAUGUGUUUAUUCAGACAGAGGAAACACGAAUACAGGGGCUUCUUUACAGAGGAAAAUUAUCUGAACAAAAGAAGCGCACGAUGGAGGAGAGACGAAACAUUCUACAGUCUUUUUCAGCAAGAGACGAACUAUAAGGAAUUUAAUUAAUUUUUUGUUAUGCAAAUAUUAUAUAACAAUAAAGUUUAUAAUACAAAUAAUAAUUUAUAAUAAAUAAUCGAUUCUUUAUAUUAUUUUGUAUUUUAUAUACUCUAUUCCAUAUCAUUGACUAAAAUAAGAAUUGUGAUGUAUUAUACUUAAAUGUUGUUUA